UUUUUGUAGUAAUCCGAAUUCAGAGAAUCCAGAGUUUAGUGUUCCAACUGUCUUGUCUUCUUUCACUCGCGUGCUUGCCAACCAAUCAGGAUUUAGAAUAGUUCUCUCUACCCCAAUCGAACUCACGCAUAUUAGACUCAAGGUUAAGCCACUCAGCCUAACGCGUCAAGGUCAUAAUUUAGACUACACCGACCAAGGUCAAGUCAUAACAAGUAUCACGGGGUAAAAGCGAUUCAAGGUCAUAACAACUUCUUUAUGCAACUCUCAAAGAACUACUACUAGACCGUGUAAAGUGUACGAAUUUCGAAUGCUGUGAGGGAUAAAAAUUUCACAAAGCGAUUUGUCAGGACAUCAAGAAUAUCACUAGAUUACUACGUCAUUCCAAUCCAAUGCAUACUCAAGGCUAUGCAGGCAAUUCAUUGAGGAAAUGCGAAGCAGGUCACGAAGAUGAGCAAACGUUUGGUAAAUGAGAAUAUGUUGAAUGAAUCAAAUUAUGAACAAAAAUAUGAUGUAGUUUUGAUAGAUGCUGAUUUUUCUAAUGAUCCAUCACUCUCUAAUGACAUUCUUAAUAAAUUUGAGGAAAAUAUUUCAGAAGAAUCAAGUCAUAUUAAAUGUUAUCUGUCCUUAUAAUGCAUUUGUUUCUCAUGGGAAAGUUGUUCAAUGCGAAUCACCAGUGCUAAAUGAGCUCGAUUUUGAUUACAAUUCGAAUGAUUUCAUAUCGAAUAUUGUUUAUCCCUAUCAUGAAGUCACUUCUAAUGUUUACUCUAGUCAAUGUGAGAAAUAUAUUUUAAAUGAAGUCACAUCAUUUAUAACUUGGGGAUAUGAAGAUCCAAAAUUAUUUCGUGGUGGAGGAUAGUGUUGGAAAGUCGAUGGUUCAAAUUCUACACAUCAGUGGUUUCAGUACACAACCGACAUAAUGACUGUAUACAAUUCCAGGACCCAGAUGAAUCCGUUCCGAUUUCAGUUGUUAAUUCUAACACUAAUGAGUAUAUUCUAGAUCGUACAGAGUUUACAUCCGCUACUCAAUCGGACAGAUAUAUGAUGAACCUAAGGAGAAGAGGGACGAUUAAUUGCAGAAAUUUGAAUCCUCACUUAAGCUGUGGCAGAUGUGGUGUUUGUAUGAACUAAUGAUUCCUUUGUGCUUGAUGACUGCUUGAUUUAGAAUCCCAAAUACAAAAAAGUUUGCUCGUGCUCACAUAGUUCUUCUUGGUAAAAUUGCGUUAUUUCUGGGAUUCAUAAUUCGUACAAUAAUUCGAAUACUUCUAAUCAUCACACCAUCCCAUAUAAAACAACCUUGCUAAAUAUCCCUAACUGGAAUAAAUCAUUUUGAUCAUCUAUAUUCUGCACCUGGAUCUCAAGAGUCUUUAUUUGAAACAGUUAUCAUGCCUAGUUGUAAAACCAACAUUUUUCACAAAUCAAAAAACCGAUUUCUCUUCUGACAAACAGACCAACAAUUAUCAUAGCUAUAUAUGGAAUGUCUGUAUGAUUUCCAAGGGCAGAAAGUUCGUUCAAACAUCUGUGGAAAUGAAAAGAUACAACCUGUCAGAACUUAGAAUAAGUGAAACCCAACGGAUGCAAACUGAACCGAAAAGAUUAGCUUCACGAGAGUUGCUGCUGUACUCUGAUCACGAAGAGGAAAUCGCCUCACACGAGAAAUUGCACUAAUCCUCUUCAAAGAAGCACAACAACAGCUUAUAGCACGAGGAUCUCAGGCAUCCAGAAUCACAAUAGCAUCCUUCAAACCAAAGAACGAAUGAAUGACAGUAAGUGCCACUCAGAGCUAAAGGUAGUAGUGAAGAUGAUAAAGAUCAGUUUUAUAAUGUGAGGCUCCAGUCGAUGAUAGGAAAUUGUUGAGGAAAGUGUAUAAUCAUUCUAAUGUAAAUCUAUAUGUUUUCAACAAAAUGGUUAUCGGUGGCAUCAUAUUCCUCAACAAACGUAUAAAUAAUGCUAUAUAAGCUUCAUCGGAACUCACUACUCAGUACUAAGUUGAUAACACUUGCAUCCAUUGAAAGUUCAGAUGGUCAGUAGGACACAUGAACACAAAGAGAGAAGCUAACAUAGCUUUAACUCACCGUCUGUUGAUGGCUGAUACAGGGUCGACACUUAAGGAGCACAGAACAAUUGGAGAAACAGCACCACAAUGUUUGAUGCACACUUUCUUCGAGAAACUGACAAACUCAACAAUCUCAAGAUAGCUCUCAACAAGGAUUUACAAACUUCACAAAGAUUUGAGCAGGAGGAGGAGAAGAACAAACACCAACAGACUAGAAACAAGAAUAACUUAUCAACAUUUCGUGGAGAAAAGAUCACAGUUAGCAUAAGAACGACAGAGCCAACACACUAAUAUCACUGCUAGAAAAGCUUCCCAACCGAGUGUUGCUGACCUAAAUAAAAGAUCCAAUAGAUACACAACUUCCACAUCAACAGACUGCAUUCCGCAAGGAUAGAUCUUGUACCGACCAACUUACAACAUUCCUGACCAUUGUUGAACAGUCAAAUGAAUGGAACACAUCACUAAACAACGGAUUCUCUGAUUGUGAGAAAGCACUCGAUAGAGUGGAUAGGGAAUAUUUGGAAAUCUUACUCAACAAUAUGGAGUAUCGAGGAAUACCGUCAUCAUCACACAGAACUCGUGCGACAGAAUUGACUGUGAAUGGAGGACAGCUGACAAAUGCAUUCCGAGGGAAUAAUAGUUUGUGUUGUGUAAGGCUGUCCACUCUCGACCUUUCUACUCCUCUCAGUUGUUGACUGGAUUAUGUUGACCAUCAUAUCUCAGGUGACUCAUGGAAUUCAGUGCAGAUGCUGAACGCAUUUCGACUUCUCAAAUGAUCUUCACUUCCUAUCCCAUACACAUACAAUAACAAAUUCAGGUGAAUACAGACAGUGUGGCAGCAGUCUCUACAAUAGUAGACCUCAACAUACACGAGUGAAAAUGCAGCACCAUCCAAAUGAAACUUGAUGGUGAAUCUGUGGAAGAGGUGGGAGCCUCUACUCACCUGGACAGAAUCAACCAAUAACAAGGAGGAUACAACGCAGAUGUGACGGCACGAAUCGGCAAAGCAAAUGGAGCACACAUACAAUCGAAGAGUAUCUGGAACACAUAAUAACUAACUGUCGGAGAACACCAAACUCACAAUCUUCAACACCAUCAUUGAAAUAGGUCUAUUGUACUGAACUGAAACUUGCAGAACUACUACAAUCAUCACUGAAAAUGUUCACGUAUAUAUAUGAAUAACUGUGAAUGGAAGAUGCUCCAUAUCCAUUGACCAGACAUCAUCAACAACAACCUACUAUUUCAGAGGACAAACCAGAUGUGAAUUGAGGAGGACACAAAAAAUGACGCUGUAAACGGAAAACCACCAAACAACAUCGUAACAUGGAAUCCUGAAUGGAAGUGGAAGAAGGGCAGACUAAAUAACACAUGGAAUAAGGAAUUGGAAGUAGACGUAUGAGCACGAACAGAACUGCGAAGAACUAUAAAGGAGAAAGUAUUGCAGAGAUUGUUGGAGGAUCCUGGUCGAUGGUCUUUACGGUGGUCCAUGAGGAGUAACAGGAGUAAGCAAGUAAAUAAGUAUCCAUUUUGAUAUAUCUCCACACAUUAUUUGUACCUUCUCCUCUCUUUUUUGACACACUACAAUCUUCCUUACAUUGAACAAUUCACACAGAACUUACUUUUUAAGCAUGAAACAUUGUUUUCUGUAUAAAUUCACCCUGACAAGAUUAACGAAUUAUAUGAUGGUUUCAAAUUCACUCCUCACUAAGUAUGUGAGUACCUAAGUAUGGGGAACACUUGCGUCAUCCAUCUCAGUUAGUACACAACAAGAAUCGAGUUGUCGAAUCAAUCACUGUUUGUAUGAUGCACUCAUCAAACAGAAAAACUGAAUCCCAAAGAUUUUGGUUUACCAAUUUGACUACUCAUGAGUAGUGUAAAUUUAUGUUUUAGUUUUCUAAGACUAUCAGAAAACUUGAAAAACAGACUAAAUGGACUUCUUCCAAGACUGACAAAUAUCUAAAUUGAAAAUGUGUCUUCAAACUAGAGAAAGGUUAUGAAGACUCAACUUUCGCACACAAACCGGU